GUUUCAUGGAUUGCUGGAGUUUUAGUUAUUUUAUGCUCCCUUGAUAUGUGAAAAGUAUAAAUAUUCGAUAUAAUUGCGCUGAUUACUUUAGAUUGUGUUGACUGUAUUGCAACUACGACGAGUUCUAGACAAAAUGGCUUUUCCAGUUAGAACACACAGUUUAUCUACAAACCAUUGUAAGAUUUAGUUGACCUUGCGUAGGUAAGAAGUCGACCUUUUCCCUGGCAAGGUCUGUUAAAAAUUAGAAAUGUCUUCGAAUCAUGUUCAGGAUUUAAAACAUGAAAGUUCUGGCCACAAUAUGGAUGCAGUACAUAUGAUACCAGUGGUAUCUGCGCAAGAUGAAGCUUCAUACUCCAUCUCACACUCGAUCGCAACUAAAAGUGAUACGGUUACGAUAUCUGAAGCAUCCUCAUGUAGGUCUAAUCACGAAGCUAGCAUACAAGGAAAGAAUCCACCCGAAGUAUUAAAUGGAAAUAAAGAACUGGAUCACCAUUCUGAAAUCCCUGAACAAAACUUAGUUGUUUAUGAAAUCAUUGAUGGUAAAGACGCUGAAAUAACACACAUUCAAAAUCAAGUCACUUAUGAAAAUGAAGCUGGUACAUCAUCCGGUUUUGGAUCAGUUGCAUCAGCUGAUUCACUGAGUGAAAAUUCUGCCAAUGUGCAAGUGGAUGAUGAAUUAUGUGUAAUAGAAAGUGAAGUAAUUCACCUUCCAGAUUCAGCUCAAGAAUUCUCGAAUACCAAUAUGAAUAAUGACAUUCCCAGUAGUGAACAUGAGAGUCAAAAUUUGCCAUAUUGUGUAAUAUGUGGCGAUAAGGGGUCAGGAUUUCAUUACUCUGUAUAUUCAUGUGAAGGCUGUAAAGGAUUUUUCAAAAGAACAGUGCAGAAGAACUUGACAUAUAAGUGUAAAGAUAAUUUUCACUGCGUUAUAAACAAGUUUACAAGAAACAAUUGCCAGUUUUGCAGAUUCCAAAAAUGCAUGCAAAAUGGAAUGAAGAAAGAAGCUGUGCGUGAAGACAGAACACCCGGGGGAAAACAUCGUCAUAAACGCCUUAAGACAGACGGUGCCUACACAGUUGUUGGAACUAAUAUAUUAGAGACCUUAAACCUUUCAAGUGACCUGGAUGUCCUUUUAGGGAAACUUGUUGCUGCAAAGCCAGAUACAGUUCCUUUAACAGAAGAGACAACUGACGUGAAUCAGCUGACAGUGAAUGAAUUGAUGCAGUAUGGUUAUAUGGAACUGCGCUUUAUCAUUCAAUGGGCAAAAAAAGUUCCAGGGUUCCAAGGUUUAAAAACAGUUGAUCAGAUGAGUCUGUUAAAGUCUGCGUUCAUGGAGUUGAACAUAUUACGCCUCGCUUAUAGAUCUUUGAAGGUAGAAGAUGGUUAUAUUGCAUUCACCGAUUCAAUCGUACUUAACAUGAGCCAGACUACAGCUAUGGGAUGGGGAGAAUCUCUAGUCUCCGCAACUCUGGAUUUUGUAGAUAGGUUGAAAUCUGUCAGUAAUCCAGAUCUAACUGAGUUCUGUGUCAUGAAUGCGGUUGUCCUUUUAGCACCAGAUGCUGCUGGGAUAACAGAGAAAUCCACAGUAAUGGCUCUUCAGAAUAAGAUUCUUGAAGCACUGCGCCAUUACCAGCUCCAGACUUACCCUACUGACAGUAGGCGCUAUGGAAAAAUGUUGCUACGGUUACCUGCUUUAAGGACAGUUAGUGCCAAGGCAACUGAGCAGUUCCUUACAUUGACUGUAGAGGGAUCUGUUCAAAUGGAUACAUUGACCUCAGAACUGUUGGGAUAAAAUAAGUAAUAAUAGUCCUAAGCUCUUAAUAGGGUAUUAAUGAUACUGUACUCUUGGUUAUUUUCACGAUUUUUAAUUUCACAAAUUUGGAGAAAUCACAAUUUCGCUGCUAUUAAUUUUUUUCAUUAGUCACAAUCAUAAAAAGCAUGAAAUUAAAUCGCACAUGAAAAAUACCAGGAUUACAGUUAUUGUAAAUGGAUGAAACGUAACAAUGAUUGCAGCAGUAAGAUCACUCUUAAAAAUAUUCAA